AUGUCUUUCAAUACCGAUAUUUCGUCCAAAUUGGAAAGCAGCAGAAAUACUCUGAGAAAAAUUGCCCGCAAUGACAAUACUGAGUUCUCCAAGCAGAGCAUUUUGAAUGACAUGGAAAAGUUUGUGAAAAUGGUAAACACCAUGGAUGAGACUGUGCUUGUGCCGAGUCGUCUUAUGAAUCUGCCGCAAGAGGGUGACGAUGAUCCUUUCAGCCUAUUUGCUAUGUUAAACGACUUAAAGACUGAGUUGCUGUGGGCUGGGGAUGUUGAGGACCAAGGGGCUAGAAGAGUAUCUGACCUGAGUGACACUGAAAGUGAUGCCUCUAGUGCAGCUGGAGACUCCGGCAUAGAUGGAGAAGAUGAACGGGAAUCUGCUGCCCGUGCUGCUGCCUCUUGCCGCCGUCAUCUACAAGGACUUCGCCACUCCCUUCGCACACUUACAGCUGCAGCUGCACAUCUCACAAGGUCUUAUCAAGAAGAGGUGUGUUUCUCCGAUGAAUCAACUUUUGAAAUUUUGGCCGACAAAAGUAGCUUCGUCAGACGGCGCCCAGGUCAAAAAUAUCACCCCGACUGUAUCGUGGAGAGGAUGAAACACCCUGUCAAAAUUAUGGUGUGGUGCCUUGGAUUUGAAAUGGCUCAUCGAAUGAGUGACAAUGCAAUAGCAUCUGCCCUUGUGGAAGAAAGUGACAACGAAUUGGAUGAGCUCUUUUUACCUGGAAGCGAAGAUGAAUCGGAUCAUUUGAGUGUGCAGUCUGAAUGUGAAAGUGAAGAAGAAGAAGAAGAAAUUACUUCGGGUGGUGAGUUUCCUAGUUCUCAUCAGUUUUAUAUGGGUAAAGACUGCAAAACUAAAUGGCUAAAGGAACCGCUAAGGACUAAUAUUCGUACAAGAAAUGAAUAUAUAAAAUUACACAUUUACCGGGAGUAA